UUCUUUUGAGAUUUUCUUCUGAGAGAGAAUUUUAUUCUAAUUUCAUUGAUAAUGAUUGGAGAUAUUUUUGUGAAUUAAAUUACUUACUGAAUUUUGUGGUGAAGCCUUCACCGUGAAUGUGGUGGUGGUGGCGGUGGUGAUUUGCUUAUCUUUGGUUUAGUGGAGGUUUCAGAGUGGAGUGAUUGAGAGAAGAAAUUUUACUGAAUGGACACGGGAGUUUUGGGAGAGAUUAAAUUUUAGAGUUGCUGCUGCUGGACUGAGCCACUGCCUGGAAAUUGACUAAAUAUACGAAAGAGUGAUAGAAUAUUAGACUACGAAUGGAGUCCCCCCUUGACAUACUAUCCCGAGCGGCCGGGAUGGUCGUGGUGAAUUCAACAAAGAGGAAAUUCGAAGAGGAUGAGGAAGAACAGCCGCUGGAUUUUAGCUGUAAGAAGUCGGCCUUGGAUAAUAAUGGGGUGGUUGCGGCGGCGACUAGUUUGAAGAGAAGAGAGGAGGAAGAUGGCUCACCACCUUAUCACACUAACCACCGCCCCUCCGUGAUAAUCCCCAGCACUGGAGGAGGUGGACCUUCUAACUCACCCAAUUUACCAACUACCCACCCCACCCCAUUGAAAAAGCGGCUCCUCUUAUCAUCCUCCUCCACAACGCACUCCCCAUCUCAUCACCACCGCCUCCCUCACAACAACCCACCUCACCACCACCACCGCCCCCGUCACUCCUCCACGUCCAGCACCUCCUCCACCGAACAAUCCACAACCACUUCCUCCUCCUCCACCACAAAGCACCGAAAACUGAUAAAACGGAAGCAAAUCUCAAAGCACAACGGUCCUAAAAAACAAAUCCAAGUGGAUAAAUCCCGUCGGGUCGUGGUGAUAAGCAAGGCGAUCGAUGGGGACGGGGUGGGGGGAGCGGUGGAGGAACACUUCAGGAGGAGUCUGGAGAAGUAUAGCAAAGAGGAGAAAAUCAAGGAGGAGGAGGAUGAAGAUCGUGGAGGGGAUGGUAGUGGAGAUAUCCUCAAGCCGUUGAGUGUUGACGACCACUUUGCCAAAGCCCUGGGUUCGGAAACGUGGAAAAUGAUUAAAAAGGACUGAUGUUUUGUAAUUUUUAGCUUUUUUGUACAUAAUAAAGAGAGAGAGAGAUUUAUUGUAUUACCCCGAGUAGUUGUGAGUGGGUUGGCAAAAGUUGAAUUCUUUCAAUGCACUCUUGGACUUUCGUUCGGCUUUUGUUUGUCCUUUGUCACACUUCACGAAUUGUUAAAUUCACUCCCCUCUCGCGUGUCACUAAAAAUGACGACCAUCGCCACUACAACCCCAACGACCACCCCACUAAUCUCCACCCUGACCUUGUCCUCCUCUGAGGACGAGGACAAACCCGUCGCCACGACGACGGAAACAGGGGAGAAAAAGAAGAAGAAACGCAAUCGGAACAAGAAGAAGGUCGCUAAUCCACCCGUCGCUCCAUCCACGCUAACCCAAACAACCCCGACCCCCACGAUCCCAAUCGACACGCUCUACCCUACAAAAAACUUCCCGGAAGGCCAACUCAUCGACUACGCUCCCCAGAGGAAAAAUUUUAUUCUCGAAAAUCUAGCAGAGAAAAAGGCGAUGGAGAAAUUGGUAGAGGAGAAUUACCAAGAUUUGCGGAGGGCGGCGGAGGCCCACAGGCAGACGAGACAGCACAUCCAACGCUGGAUCCAACCCGGCCAGACGAUGACCCAAAUCUGCGAGGAGCUCGAGACCACGGCGAGAAAGUUAAUCAACGAGAGCGGGCUGGAUGCUGGGUUGGCCUUUCCCACGGGGUGCUCUUUGAACCAUGUGGCGGCGCAUUACACCCCCAACGCGGGUGACACCACCGUCCUCGGAGUGGAUGACGUUUGUAAGAUCGACUUUGGCACACAUGUCAAUGGGCGAAUAAUCGACUGCGCCUUCACCCACACGUUCAACCCGAGGUAUGAUCCACUGUUGAAGGCCGUGCAGGAGGCCACCGAGACGGGAAUCCGCGAAGCAGGGAUCGACGUCCGCCUCUGCGACAUCGGGGCCUCUAUCCAAGAAGUGAUGGAGAGCUACGAAGUGGAGCUAGACGGGAAAAACUACCAAGUAAAAGCCAUCCGGAAUCUUAAUGGGCACUCCAUCGAUCAGUAUCGGAUCCACGCUGGAAAAACCGUCCCCAUCGUGAAGGGAGGUGAACAGUCCUCACGAAUGGAGGAAGGAGAAGUUUACGCGAUUGAGACUUUCGGGUCGACGGGGAAGGGCCACGUCCAUGAUGAUAUGGAGACGUCUCAUUACAUGAAGAACUUCACCACCACGACCCCCCUCUCCUCCCUGCGCUCCCCAAAAUCGAAACAACUCCUCUCCGUCAUCAACACUAAUUUCUCGACCCUCGCGUUCUGUCGUCGAUGGCUGGAUCGCCUCGGCCAACAGAAAUACCUCCUCUCUCUAAAAGACCUCUGCGACAAGGGGAUUGUCGAUGCGUACCCACCAUUAUGCGACCAGAAAGGAUGUUUCACUGCGCAGUAUGAACACACCAUUAUUUUGAGACCGACCUGUAAAGAGGUUGUUAGUAGAGGGGGGGAUUAUUAGUUGGAGUGAAAUGAGAAGUUAGUGGGGCAAUGU